CUCUGGCUCCGGCAUCUGUCUGGGCUCCCGGCCUCCCUCUCCCCGUCUCCGCCCCUCCCCCGCGCUGUCAUUCACCCCGCUUCUCUCUGCUCACAGCCAAUGGAGAGACCGGGUCGGAACGGCUAGGCUCCCUCGCACCGGGCUUUUUCGCCUGGUGAUUGAUGUCCCAGAGUCAACAGCGAGCAAGCAGCCGGAGAGGGGAAGGAGCAGCCGGAGAGGAGUAGAACACGGCGCCCCCUCUCUCCUUCCCCUCCCCCCUACUUUAGCCCUUCUGCGUACUUCGCCUCCAAGUCUCGGCGCAGCCAGGAAGCGCUCCUGCUUUCGCGCCCCUGCGCGCUGCACCCAGAGAGAAAAAACAGCGAGCCCCGCCGCCCAGGCCCCCCCCGCGGGGCCGGGGCGGGGGUCGGCAUGGAGCACCUGGGUCCGCACCAUCUCCACCCGGGCCACGCGGAGCCCAUCAGCUUCGGCAUCGACCAGAUCCUCAACAGCCCGGACCAGGGCGGCUGCAUGGGGCCAAACUCACGCCUCCAGGACGGAGAAUACGGCCUUGGCUGUUUGGUCGGAGGCGCCUACGCUUACGGAGGCGGGGGACCGGUGGCCGGGGCGGCGGCCGGGAACGCGGGGGCCUACGGCGCAGGCGGCCCGAGCGGUCCUGGUGGCCCGGCGGGCGGCGGGGGCGGUGCCUGCAGCAUGGGCCCUCUGGCCGGCUCCUACAACGUGAACAUGGCCUUGGCGGGCGGCCCGGCCCCGGGAGGCGGCGGCGGCGGCGGCGGAGGGGCGCUGAGCGCUGCGGGAGUGAUUCGGGUGCCCGCGCACAGACCACUAGCUGGAGCGGUGGCCCACCCCCAGCCUCUGGCUACUGGCUUGCCCACGGUGCCCUCCGUGCCCGCCGUGCCGGGUGUCAACAACCUCACCGGCCUCACCUUCCCCUGGAUGGAGAGUAACCGCAGAUACACAAAGGACAGGUUCACAGUGGCCCUCUCACCCUUCACUGUAACACGCCGUAUAGGUCACCCCUAUCAGAACCGGACGCCCCCCAAGAAGAAGAAGCCGCGCACGUCCUUCACGCGCCUGCAGAUCUGCGAGCUGGAGAAGCGCUUCCACCGCCAGAAGUACCUGGCCUCCGCCGAGCGCGCCGCCCUGGCCAAGGCGCUCAAAAUGACUGACGCUCAGGUCAAAACCUGGUUCCAGAACCGGCGGACCAAGUGGAGGCGGCAGACCGCGGAGGAGCGCGAGGCCGAGAGGCAGCAGGCGAACCGCAUCCUCCUGCAGCUGCAGCAAGAGGCCUUCCAGAAGAGCCUGGCGCAGCCGCUGCCCGCGGACCCGCUCUGCGUUCACAACUCGUCGCUCUUCGCCCUGCAGAACCUGCAGCCCUGGUCUGACGACUCCACCAAGAUCACCAGCGUCACGUCUGUGGCCUCGGCCUGCGAGUGAGCCUGCCCAGCCCACCCCUCAGACCCCGGCCCAGCCAAGGGGUCAACGCUGAGGCCUGAGAGCCAGGACUCUCCCACCCUCCUGGCCUCGGCCUCCUCGGACUGCCCACGGAGGGGAGCAUGCCCCUCCACGGGGGGCCUGCCUGCUUGCCGAAACUGCGCUCUCUUCCGUGGAAAAGAAGAAAGGAGUGCAGAGCACAGGGACCCGAGACCCACGCCCUGACUCCCACGUGGUCCUGCGCCCGCUAAAACUGUUGAGAGUCGCCUCAGUUUGCAUCUAUUUUAUUUUAAUCUGAUUUUUAACGUGGGACUGAGAGAGGGGGGCGAAGAGGGAGAAGAAGAGCUUCUGGGGUCCCCAGAGGACAGCACGGGCUAUCCUUGGAACCUUCUCUCUGCAUCCCACUCCUCAUCACAUACCAUCACAUACAGACACACACAGGCAGACACAGAGAUGAGGACACCCACAGGCCCACACAGGGGUGAUCCCACCGUCCCUCUUGGUGUCACCCCAGAUCACACACAGGGGACCUAGGGCAGAAUGUCCUGCACACACGGGGCCAUAGCCUUCUUACCUUUGAUUCUCACUAUCUGUCCUAGGCCGGGUUGACCUAGACUUACUCUGAACAGCAUGGCACUUCGCAUAAACACGAGGCUGUGGCCACACUGUGAGACACCAUUCCACACACAACAGCGGUAACAGUGCCACCUGGCCUGCCAGACCGCCAUCACACGUCCUAGCCCCACCCAGGUACUCACAGGCAGGCUUUCACACACACUCAGCCUGUUUCUCCAGAUCCUGUUCAUAGGGGGGGUUAAGUUAUGCACUUAUAAGGUGUUUUCUGUGCAACCAUUUUAUAAAGUGCUUGUGUAAUUUAUGUGAAAAAAAUAAUAAAACCCUCCGG